AUGAUAGAUGACUCCAAUGUCCCCCAGGUGUCUCGGAGACGUAAGUCUUCUGUUGGCCAUAUAGCCUUGGGUGAUACAAAAGUUCCUAGUUUAUCUACCAUGCCGGAAACCAAACAAUCCAAGAUGGCAGCUGAAGCGCGUUUACGGGCUCUAUCUGGAGCUUCAAACAAUGAUACUGAUGUUAUCAAUAAAAUGUGGUUGGCUUAUAGAGAAUUAAACUACAGACAUACCUGGUUGUCUCCAUUCUUCAUACUAGCUGCUGUUUACGGUUGCUAUUUUGCAUCAGGAAAUAGGACUGCCUCUAAUCCAUUGCAUAUGUUUGUUGCAAUUUCCUACCCUGUGGGAGAUACCGGUAUGUAUGGUAAAGGUAUUAAAGAUUUGAGUUUUGUUUUGUUCUACAUGAUAUUUUUUACAUUUCUUCGUGAGUUUGUUAUGGCGAUGGUCUUAUUGCCUUUGACCCGUUGGUUGGGAGUAACUGGUAAACAUAGAGUAAACAGGAUUAUGGAACAAGGAUACUCAACCUUUUAUUAUGGUCUUUCUGGUCCAUUUGGGCUAUACAUUAUGUACCAUACUGAUAUGUGGUAUUUUAAAACGGCUCCAAUGUACGAAACAUAUCCCGAUCUUACGAAUAGCUACUUAUGCAAGAUAUUUUACUUGUGCCAAGCAGCUUUCUGGGCUCAACAGGGAUGUAUUUUAGUUUUGCAAGUCGAAAAACCUCGUAAAGAUUUCAAAGAAUUGGUCUUUCACCAUAUUGUUACUUUAGCUAUGAUUUCGCUAUCUUAUAUGUUCCAUUUUACAAAAAUUGGACUCCUCAUCUACAUUACAAUGGAUGUUUCUGAUUUCUUCUUGGCAUUAUCCAAGAUCUUUAAUUACUUGAAUUCGCCUUUGACUCCACCUUUCUUCAUGAUUUUUGUAAGUUCAUGGAUCUAUUUGCGGCAUUACACGAACAUAAGGAUUUUAUGGUCAAUAUUAACUGAGUUUAGAACCGUUGGUAAAUUUACUUUAAACUUCGCAACCCAGCAAUACAAAUGCUGGAUAUCUCUUCCCAUAGUUUUUACUUUGCUAUCUGCUUUACAAUUAGUAAACCUUUAUUGGUUAUUUUUAAUUAUGCGAAUCUUAUGGCGUAUGGUCACUCAGGGUGUUAGCAAAGACGACCGAAGCGAUAGUGAAUCCGAUGAUGACGAUGAUGAGCCUGAUAGUGAAAAGAAGAACCUAUAG